AUGAAUAACCCAACUGGUUAUGUUACACUCGAUUAUCGUGAUGCUCUUAACCUGACUGUAUCAUUUCUGCUUUUUGUGAUUGGCAUUUUUGGAAUUGUUUGUAAUAGCUCAAUUGUGUAUAUAUUCUUCAAUGAAAAAUCCGAACGAACUUCUUUCAAUCUAAUUUGUGUAUACAGAAGCCUUUCAAACAUCUACAUUCUUGCCACAACAUUCAUUGGACUUUUCUUGCCAAAAACUAUUAUAGGAUGUUCUCCAUAUCAUCCUUUCAUUGAAAGCACAUUAAUUCAAGUUUCAAACAGCUUGUACCUUGGUAACGAAUAUCAAAUUAUUCUGGUUGCGAUCAAUCGAUUUGUUGCAAUGUUUUUACCCACUUACUAUAAUAAAAUAUGCGGAAUCAAAACUACUUUGGUUAUUCUAACAGCCAUCUAUGCAUUUCGAAUUAUCAUUUUAAUCAUGGAGUCGGUAGAUAAAUUUGCAAUCCCAUGCAACUCGUUUUUCGACUUAGAAACUCUUGCAUGGUCGUACGACAAAAAGGAAAAAUGUCAAUUCGUUGAUAAUAUUUUAACAGUUAUAUCAAUUACUUUUCUCAUAAUGACUGCCAUAAACGGUGCAACCUUAAUCAAAAUAAUAUCAUUCUAUAAAUCGAAUCAAAGUAAAAGUCGUGAAACUAAAAAGCGUAUCCGACGUAAUGUCUUUUUGUUUCUACAAACUGGACUUCAAGAUUCCUUGUAUCUGAUUGAUCUCUUUUUUAUGAUUAAACUAAGUGGGCUCAGUACUUCUCGUGUAUGGACCUACAUUAGUGGAACAUUUGUUUGGCAAUGCCUUCAUUCAAUAGACGGAUUCAUAAUGAUCAUGUUCAAUGAAAGACUAUCGUUCCUCCGUAGAAAGUUGUUCCAGACUCCGUCAUCCACACAACAUCCCAACCAGAAAUUCACAGUUUCUGCAGUUCAGUCGAUGCGGUGA